UUAAAUAAUUGUUCUGUUUUUCUUGGUUUUAAGAAGUUCGCUUUUAGAAGUGAAAAGCAUUAAAGCGUAGCUAUAAAACAGUCAUAUAGUUUUAACUAUGCCAAACUUAAAGGAUAAAUCGCAUGCUGUCAAAGGAAAGUCACAUAAAUACCGAUCUAAAUCGUCUUCCCGAUAUGCUGAUGUGGAUGGACGAAAAGUUAAUUUCGUUUCAAUACCAAACACCAUAAAGCUUAGCAUGUUGAAUAGCGGACUUCUAUCGUUUGAAAAAAUCAGACUGGAGGCGAGAGAUGAAAACAACUCUUUAUCGAAAACAAUACCACAUUUUCCAAUAAUUAAAUCGUAUUUUCUGAAACUGUGUGACUUGCGUCGAAAGUUUCCUGUGCUGUACAAAUUAGAGUUUCAAAUUGCGACCAGAGUAGAGACAAACAUGUGUAGACACGCUAUGAGGAAAAAUAAUCAUGAAAAAAAUCAAAACCCGAAAUGUAUUCCUUAUGAUUACAACCGCGUCGUUCUUAAAAAGUCAUCUUUUGUUCGUGAUUCAGAUUAUAUUAAUGCAUCUUAUGUCGACAGUCUACUCAAACCAAAUGCUUAUAUUGUAUCCCAGGGGCCUGUGGAGGAGACUGUAAAUGAAUUCUGGCAAAUGGUUUGGCAAGAAAAUAUUAGUGCUAUCAUUAUGCUUACUAAAACGUUUGACUUCGCGAAAGUUAUGUGUGUUCAAUAUUGGCCUCCAAACAUGGAAGUACAUGAAACAUAUGGCGAUAUACACAUAAACAUUGUACGAGAAGAACAGCUUGCGAAUUUCCAUAUCAGAACAUUUCAUUUAUAUAAAGUUAAUGAAGCUAAGGAAAUUAUAGACGAACGCCUUAUACUGCAGUUUCAUUAUACAGAAUGGUACUCUCAUUCCUGUCCUUGUUCUAAUGCACUUUUAGAGUUUCGACGUCGAGUUCGCUUGGUUGUUGGAAAUAUAAUUAAAGGUGACGAUUUAAAAGGGCCGAUGUUAGUUCAUUGUAGUGAUGGAGGGGGUAGAUCCGGUGUCUAUUUGUCUAUUGAUGCAAAUCUUGAGCUAGCAGAGGAGGAGGAGUGUUUCAAUGUUUUUGGUUACCUGAAGAAAUUACGUCAGUCUAGAAAGGGUCUCGUAGAAAAUGUUGAACAAUAUAAAUUUAUAUACGACACUCUUGAGGAGCAUAUAAUAUGUGGAAAAACGUGGUUUCCGGUAUCCGAACUUUCUGAUCGCCUAAAAGUUAAAGCUCGCAGAAAUGCAUUAACAAAGAUGAACGAAUAUCAAAUGGAAUAUGACCAAAUUUGCAAACAGACACCCCGAUUUACGAUAGGAGAUUGCGCUGGAGGACAUAGAGCUGAUAAUCGGGAUAAAAAUCGGGAUGUUUUAUGCGUGCCUCCUGAUAAUUUUAGACCGUAUUUAACAUCGUUUCAAGAAAACGCUUUUACCCAUGUCUCCAUGUGCGGUGACCAAGGAGGAUAAAGAGGAAAUAAACGGUCCGCCAUGGCAGCGCCCCAUACCAUGGUAAGCCCACCGUUACAAGCUGAGGCGGCCUGAUAGCGGAGGGCUUCGUUAGGAGAC